AUGGCCCGUCUCUGUCUCUGCUACUACCACUGUGGACAUUGCGACAUUCCAUCGUCGCCCAUCCGCCCGCCGCCCGCCUGUGUUGACCGGCCGUUGCUGCAGGCCCGAUGCAGUGAGCAUGGACCACUUGGGACCCCUAAGGAAUUCACCACCAACGCCUUCACCCCGUUCACCGUCACCACGACGACUUCACGCCCGCCCGCCGCUGCUUACCCGUCGCCUUCUGCGUCGCCAGUGCCUGCCCGCUGGUCGCUGACGAACCGCAUCUUCAACCUCAAUCUGCGCUCGCUGUACCAGGGCCCGCCGCGCCUGCCCGCCUCGCGUCUCUGGAACCCCGUCAACUCUUCUCCACGCACCCUCCAGGUCGAGAAUCCCGCCCCCGCAGCAGCACACGCAGCACCCACCGGCGUCUUGUACCCGCCGCUGCGAACUGCCCCGCGCGAAGAGCACUACCCGAACCUGCCCAUUGAGAGGGACGUCGGCGCCAGAGAGGACGGCCGCGACGAGUACCCUCUGCUAUCCCUUCCAGAGCAGCGCCUCAGUCGCCAGAGCCCUGUGCCGAGCUCCCUCGCUGUCCAACGUUCCACGUGCGAGGACAGCAUCAGCGGUCGCACCAGCAUCGCCCUUCCGCGCGAUCGAAGAAGCCAGCAGCUAUCACAGCCGCCCACCCCAGGACCUGCCAUGGCUUCUGGUGCGAAUCCCAGAGACAGCGUGUCGCCCGCACUGCACGUCGACAAGGACAUUGAAGCCGGUCGCAACCAUCAGCACCCGCAGCAGCAGCAGCCGGGCAUGCUGUCGCGCGUCUCCCUGCCCAGCUCCCGACGCACCUCACUAGGCUCCCGACGAUCAGGGUCUGCAGGUGACGACGACGCUGACGCCGCGUCCGAGUUUCCGUGGGGUCCCUCGCAUCCCUGCUUUCCCCAUCCGAACCCGCAUGUGCCACUGGAUUCCGAGCUGUACAACACGACGCGUAUCAUCCGCAUAAAGCGCGACUGGAUGACCAAGGGUGACCUGGCCCCGACAUUUGCCAACCUAUACCCCGAGAUAUUGGACCCACUCGUCACCGAAGACGACUUCCGGAUACUGAUCAAGAAGAUCAACGAUACCCUAAUUGACGCCUUCGACCCCUUCACCUUUCGCGCCUGUCUCGACACCGUCAUGGGCAUCGCUACUUUCUGGCUGUGGGAAGAUGCGGGGUUCACAGGUGUGAAGAAGCAAUUAGCAGAGCUGGAGCGCUGGAUCGAAGACUGGAACCGGGACAUUGGCGCAAAAGAAGCCGUCAAAAUUAUCCCAUUACGGCGGACCGGAUAUCUGACACUCGACGUGCAAAUACCAGACCCUCAUCUCGGUCCCGACACAGGUACGCGACCACACACGCAAGAAGAAAAUCACUCCGACGAAGCGCCACGGCAGCAGCACGACCAAUAUUUACCAUACCCCAUUACACCUACCCUACAGGUUAAUUCCCAACCACCCAUCAUCGAAGCGCAGUCGUAA